GUACUGACGGCGCGCUGCUUCGCGGUGUACCGCCCCAUCAUCACGUCGCGGGUGAACUGGGUGCAGACGCUGGGGUUCGCGCUGCUGGCGGGGGUGCUGUGGUACCAGGCGCCCCGUACCGAGGAGGGCAUCACGGACCUGCAAGGCUGGAUGUUCUUCUCCACAUCCUACUGGAUGAUGCACAGCCACUUCCAGGCCCUCAAUACAUUCCCGCGAGAGAAGGCGGUGCUGGAGAAGGAGCGGGGCAGCGGCUGGUAUCGCAUCAGCGCCUACUACAUCGCCAAGACCCUCAGCGAACUUCCCCUCACCAUAGCCCUGCCUUCCCUCUAUUUCAUCAUCUCAUACCCUCUGAUGGCAGGCGUGUCCAAUGCCCUCGUCAUGCUGCUGCUUCUCCUUAUGCUUCUCCUCAACGCCCUCGUGNGAUAG